GCGGAAGCUUGUCGUGAUAGCUUAGCAGAACUGAAUAAUUAUGUACCAGUUAAAUCUUACACUGGUCAACUGACUGAAGAGUUCAUUAAAACCUUUCAAGUUGUAGUUUUGACUAACACAUCUCUUGAAAAUCAAGAACGUAUUUCUGAAAUUACCCACAAUAAUGAUAUUGCAUUAAUAAUUGCAGAUACUCGUGGAUUGUUUUCACAAUUGUUUUGUGAUUUUGGUAAUAAUUUUACUGUGUAUGACACAAAUGGGGAAAACCCUUUAUCAGCCAUGAUUGCUGACAUAUCUCAUGAUUCUGAAGGGGUUGUCACUUGUCUCGAAGAAAACAGACAUGGAUUUGAAGAUGGUGACUAUGUUACAUUUACAGAAAUAAGAGGUAUGGAGGAAUUGAAUGACUGCAAGCCUAUUAAAAUAAAAGUCUUGGGUCCAUAUACUUUCAGUAUUGGUGACACAUCCAAAUAUUCUAAGUAUAUUCAAGGAGGAUUAGUAUCACAAGUUAAAAUGCCAAAAAUUUUAAAUUUCAAAUCAUUUAAAGAAGCUAUUGCACAACCUCAAGUUUUAAUUACAGAUUUUGCUAAAUUUGAUCACCCUAACCAGUCACAUUUGGCAUUUUUUGCUCUUCAUCAAUUUAAAAAAAUGAAAAACUCUUUUCCUAGACCAUGGAAUCAGGAAGAUGCAAAUGAAUUUGUUGAAAUAGCUAAAUCUUUGCAAAUGUUAGAAGAGUCAAGAAUUAAUGUGGAAUUGCUACAAUUGUUUUCUAAAAUAUGUGCCGGUGAAGUUUGUCCAAUGAAUGGAGCUGUUGGAGGUAUUGCAGCUCAGGAAGUAAUGAAAGCAUGUAGUGGAAAAUUUCAUCCUAUUCAACAAUGGCUUUAUUUUGAUGCAAUCGAAUGUUUACCUAAAAAUGCAUCAAUACCUGAAAGUUCUGUUAAGCCUAAAAAUAGUAGAUAUGAUGCUCAAGUGGCAGUUUUUGGACAGCAGUUUCAAGAAACUUUAGGAAAAUUAAAAUAUUUUGUCGUCGGAGCUGGAGCCAUUGGAUGUGAAUUACUGAAAAAUUUUGCAAUGAUGGGUGUUGGUUGCACAACCGGAAAGGUUAUCGUGACUGAUAUGGAUUUAAUUGAAAAGUCUAAUUUAAAUAGACAAUUUUUAUUCAGACCCCAUGAUGUCCAGCGACCUAAAUCCACUGUAGCUGCCAAAGCGAUUAAAAAAAUGAACCCAACUGUAAACAUUAUUUCUCAUGAAAAUAGAGUUGGGGUAGAAACAGAAAAAACAUAUGAUGAUGCCUUUUUCGAUGGAUUGGAUGGAGUUGCCAAUGCUUUAGAUAAUGUCGAUGCUCGUGUUUACAUGGACAGAAGAUGUGUUUACUACAGAAAGCCCUUGUUAGAAUCUGGAACCUUGGGUACAAAAGGAAAUACUCAAGUAGUUGUACCGUUUCUUACCGAAUCUUACAGUUCGUCACAAGAUCCGCCAGAAAAAUCUAUACCUAUUUGCACCCUUAAGAAUUUUCCCAAUGCUAUUGAACACACUCUUCAAUGGGCCAGGGAUGCUUUUGAAGGAUUAUUUAAACAACUUCCAGAAAAUGCAUCUCAGUAUCUUACGGAUCCAAUGUUCAUAGAAAGAACAUUAAAAUUACAAGGAAUACAGCCUUUGGAAGUUCUCGAAUCGGUUAAGCAAGCAUUAAUCGAUGACAGACCGAAAAAUUUACAAGAAUGCGUAGCUUGGGCUCGAAAUCAUUGGCAGGAACAAUACAAUAACCAAAUAAGGCAAUUGUUAUUUAAUUUUCCUCCUAAUCAAGUCACUUCAAGUGGCCAAUUGUUUUGGUCCGGACCAAAACGAUGUCCAGAACCUCUCCAAUUCGAUUCUCAAAAUCCACUUCAUAUUGAUUAUAUUCUCGCGGCAGCUAACUUGAAAGCAAGCAUAUACGGAAUCCCGCAGAAUAGAGAUCGAAAAGCUAUAAAGGAAAUGGUGGAUAAAGUUGUAGUGCCAGAGUUUACUCCCAGAUCUGGUAUAACGAUCGCCGAAACGGAUUCUCAAUUGCAAGUAUCCAACGGAAACGAUAUAAACACGGAUCGAUUGAGAUUAUUACAACAAGAGCUGCCUUCUCGCGAAGAAUUAAGUGGCCUUAUAAUAAAUCCGAUUGAAUUUGAAAAAGAUGAUGACACGAAUUUACACAUGGAUUUCAUUGUGGCUGCAUCAAACUUGAGAGCUGCCAAUUACAAAAUCCCACCCGCCGACCGACAUAAGAGUAAAUUCAUAGCUGGAAAAAUUAUUCCAGCCAUAGCAACCACAACAUCUGUCGUUGCCGGACUCGUUUGUCUCGAGCUUUACAAAUUGGCUCAAGGAUUUAAACAAUUGGAUGUUUACAAAAACGGAUUCGUCAAUUUGGCUCUCCCGUUUUUCGCAUUUUCCGAACCGAUUCCAGCUCCAAAGAAAAAAUACUACGACACGGAAUGGACCUUGUGGGAUCGAUUCGAAAUAGAGGGAGAAAUCACACUCCAAGAAUUUCUCGAUUAUUUCAAAGAAAAAUUCGGUUUGGAAAUAACAAUGUUGUCUCAAGGAGUUUGUUUGCUUUACUCAUUUUUCAUGGCCGCAUCGAAAAUGCAAGAGAGAUUGAAUUUAAACAUGUCGGAGGUGGUUAGAAAAGUGUCGAAGAAAAAAUUGGAGCCCCACGUAAAGGCGUUAGUGUUUGAACUUUGUUGCAACGAUAAAAACGGAGAAGACGUUGAAAUACCAUAUGUUCGUUAUACCUUACCCAACUAA